AUGCCUUUUCUCCGCCGCCGUGGCGUAAUGGCCAGCGAGUCGGAUAUGCGCCGGCACACAUCCAUCUUUAAUCUUCCACUCUCCGCCCCGAAGCUGCCGCAACAGCAGCAACCAAAGCUGCCCGAAGCUUCUCUACCUCGCCCGGAUCUUGCUACUACACAGUCGGAGCCGGUUGUGAAAUUACUUGGAGAUCCCGUCGCGGCAAGCUCUGCUUCAGACGACCUUGGCAAUGCAGUGUCCGCCGCCGGUACUGCGGCUGCCAUCUCGGUCACUCAGCCCUCCACGCCGGCCACGCCGGCCACCCCGGCCACACCGAGCAACCCGGCCAUGCUCCCACCCUCUACACCGCCGUUCAAUGGCAGACAUAACAGCUCCGCCCGAGAGGACACGCGCGGCGCCGUAUCAAUCGACAGCGACUAUCUCGGCCGACCGGAGUCCCCUCCCAUCCAGGAGCAGACACCUAAGCACCGCCGUUUCUCACUACUUCGCUUCCGCAACGCUUCUGACUCUCAGCUCGCUGCGCGGGCCCGGCAGCAAGCGCACGCGGAGGAAGCCAUCCCGCCGAUCCCACACCCACCCGAGAUCAUUAUGACUGCACCGACGUUUGAACUCGGCGCUGCUCCCCAGAAACGGCAGAACCGCAUGAAACUCCCCAACCUUGCGCGGAAAUCGAGUGAUUUGCCGCGUAUCAACGACGUUGAGGAACCCGUUGGUCGCACGAGCAACACAUUCGGCAGCUGGUCAAAGAGGGAAAGGCGCAAGUCGAUGAUUGCACCGCUCAAGUCACACGGCAAGCAGCCUGCUGUGGCUUUCGACGAGUCGGCCAUUGUCCAGCAGCAGCAACAGCAGCAGCAGCAACCAAAUCCGCAAGGCCACUCGCCACCCGAAUACGGCGACGAAGCGGGCACGACGCUGGCUCUUCCCGUCAACCGCCUUUCCGAAUCCUCUCGCUCUGACGGCAGUUCGGGCGACCGUGUUUAUGGUAGCACCACUACGACCACUCAUACCGUCAGCACUACUACCACCUUCUUCCGACUGUCUCGCCGUCGCAAAAACUCCAACCCUCCUUCUCUCUUUCCUAUCUCUCACUUGCCACAAAAGGGACAGCCCACCACCCCGAUCGAAGGCGCCAUCUCAGAGAAUAGCACCGACAUUGACGCCCUCAACAGCAAACCACCGCCACCCAGAGCGCCGAGUCGCGGCGUGGGGGCCUUUGGGCGAGGGGGGCUUGGCGGUCUUGGCGUCGAGGAGCAGGACACGCCUACACAAUCUCGGCCCGUUUCGCAAAGACAUGGCGCUUCAACCCCGCCGAGGGGCCUGGCGCCGUCUCCCGCCAUGGCCCUCUUCCAUAAGGGCAACCCGUCGCCUGCUUCCGCCUUCUUCCGACCUAGUUCAAGGAAUUCGGGCCACUCGUCUCCGACGCGCUCCAUCCCAGGGGCUCAUGGGCCACUUGGUAGGGGCCGGUCCUCGACCAUGAGCUCCGUCGGGCGAGACUCUGCGGCAGGCCGCGAGUCUGUGGACGAGCAUUUGACGCCGCCCACCCUCAGAAGCUCUUCGUCUGCUACGGGCAGGAAGAGCUUUAGUGACCUGCUUGGACUGAGCCGGUUACGGCAGAACUCGGAGCCAAAUCGCCAGGGUGCCCUCACCCCUGUGACCCCCUGCUCGUCUACGUCCAAGAACAACUCUUUGCAUCUGCCGCGGGACUCUUUUGUCCUGCCAGAGCGCCGGGAGGACGACACACCCGCUAAAUACCUGGCUCGUUUGGAGGAGGUGGUCAGCCGAAGCGUGAUUGGCAGUGCCUUGUCAAAAUCCAGUGAUCCGUUCUCGCAAGCGGUUCUGCGGAGUUACAUGCGCAGCUUCAAGUUCUUUACGGACCCCAUGGACAUGGCGAUUCGAAAACUGCUGAUGGACGCCGAGCUGCCACGUGAGACGCAGCACAUUGAUCGCUUCCUCCAAGCCUUUGCGAACCGGUACCAUGAGUGCAACCCAGGUAUUUUCUCCACGCCAGACCAGGCGUACUUCAUCGCAUUUUCUCUUUUGAUUCUGCACACGGACGUCUUCAACAAGAACAACAAGCACAAGAUGCAAAAGUCCGACUACCAGAAGAACACGCGCGGCGAGGGUAUAUUUGACGAAAUCCUGGAAGUGUUUUAUGACAAUAUCACGUAUACGCCCUUCAUUCACGUCGAGGACGAUAUUGAUAUCAACGGCGAACGCAUUGUUGCGCAUAAGGCGAAGCGCAAGAACAUCCUUCCCAACGGGGGCCUCGACAUCGCCAAAAAGUCGAGCAAGGAGCCAAUCGACCCAUACACCCUCAUCAUCGACGAUAAGCUAGAUAUCCUGCGGCCAAAUCUCAAAGACGUCAUGCAACUGGACGAUCCGUACAGCUAUCUUGGCACAGCCAAGUCGCUGAACAUGAAGGAGCUGCAAACCACCUUCUUCCGUACGGGUGUACUGCAGAUCGUCUCGGCCCGCUCACGCCCCGAUGCAUUCAUGACUGAAAAGACGGUGACCAACCCCCAGGAGGCACACCCCGGCAUUGUGGAUAUCAAAAUCACGAAAGUCGGCCUCCUCUGGCGCAAGGACGCAAAGAAGAAGAAGACUCGUUCACCCUGGCAGGAGUGGGGCGCCAUCCUCACAGGCGCCCAGCUGUACUUCUUCCGCAACACAUCUUGGGUCAAGAAUCUGAUGCACCAGUACGAGACCCACAUCAAGCACGGCCAUGACGGCAUUCCCAUCAUCUUCAAGCCACCACUGGAAGAGUUUAAGCCCGACGGGCUCAUGUCAACCAAUGGUGCGGUGGCUCUUCUGGACUCGUCCUACAAAAAGCACAAGCAUGCGUUUACCUAUGUCAGCCAUGGCGGUGUCGAGGAGAUCCUCUUGGCCGAUAACGAAGAUGAGAUGAACGACUGGCUCGCCAAGCUCAACUAUGCGGCCGCUUUCAGGACAUCCGGUGUUCGUAUGCGUGGCGUUGUUGGAGGCUUCUACGAGGGUCAAGACCGUCGAGCCAUCCGGCGCGUUGGUUCCGACGAUGGCCAGUCGGUUCAGACGCCGACCGGUGAGGUCACGAUUACGCGCAGCAGAAUCGACCACAAGAUGGCCCACGACAUUCUGGCGGCCCGUCGGGAUAUCAUGAUCCAGAAGAUAGAGGACGCAAACCAGAAACUCGAAGAACAGGGAAAGCGCCUCGAGGUGCAGUUGCGCAACUCACGCCAUCUGCAGAUUCUGGCUCCCAUUCAGCCCAAGACACGUGAGCAAAUGCUCAUCUCGGCAGCACGGAUGGAUACGCAGCUCAAGAUGACCCGGAUGACCAUGUGGCGGCUCAAGUGCCACAAAGAUAUUCUGGAAAUGGACCUUGAUGAUGAGCGGCAGCUGGCCUUUGAUCCGGAGCAUGCUUUGGAGAGCGGCGCCGCUUUUGCCGGCAUUGUCGGCGUGUCGCCCGCCACUUCCGGGAUGGUAGCGCUCAACAGCGGUGCCCUGUCGUCUGCCGUUGACAAACCAGCUCAGUUGCAUUCACAGCAUGCCCAGCUCCAUCGUGAAGAGUCCAAGGCCAGCACUUCGAGCACCGUACUUCCUCGCAGCCCGAAAUCGGCCGCACGCCGCGGCUCCCUAGCCAGCGGCAGCAUCGGCUCUGGUGGUGCUGCCACUGGACCAGUCGCUCCCGACUCGCCAACGUCAGACGACGUUUUCCAGACACCGCCAACAAGCGCCACGGGGGCCGCGUUCUUCCAGCACAAGCACCAGACCUCUUCGGAUGUUGCAGCCGCAGGGCUCGACUUUACCAGCCUGCGGAAGGCGUCGGUGUCGAGUGCCAUGUCCUCCGGUCCGUCGAUUGCGGCAACACCGCCACGCGCUGUGCGAAGCCUGAACUCGGCGCACGAAAGCACCCCGUCAUCGAGCAAGCAGGCAGGUCCGACUUCUGCCGCACAGAAUGAGGACAACGUCGACCCCAACGACGUAGACGCGGACGAGCACAGUCUUCUCCAGAAGACUGGUCUGCUCGAGUCGGUUGCUACUAGUACGAGUGGCAGUGCGGGCGGAGCGGGUAAGAACAAACCGGUCGGCCUCGAGGAUACUGGCAGUAUCCCGUACGACUCGAAGCAGCAAUACACGCCCGAUGCGUCGCAAACGUCUCAGCAUGACAAGAACAAGAUCCGCCGCAGCUUGCAGCGCACGCUGAGAGAAGGUGCCGGCCACCUAUCUACGCGCGGCCGCAAGCCCAAAGAUGCAUCGACGACUGGCGGCCAAGAGGAAGCGGCCGACGAGCCCAUCAUUCUUGAGCGUGGCACUGGAUCGUUUGUAGUGCACGGCAAAAAGGCGUCUGUGAUCAACUUUGGCGGCGACUUCUCGUCCAUUCUUCCGCCUGACGAGCGUCUGCGUCAACGGAAGCAGCAGCAGCAACAAGAGCAGCAGCAGCAGCAACAACAACAGCCACGACAGUCGCAACAUUCUCAGCGCUUGCCAACUGUACCCGACUCGGCUUCGCAGUCAACAGCUGCACUCGUGCAGCCGCCGUCGACGGGUCAAGACGAUGCGAGCCUGCUGUCGUCCAGCAACGGCGGUGAGAAUAGCAUCCACAACGGCAGCACGGACAACAACCAGUUUGGCAUCCACAGCGACUCUCGCGUAGCCAUGUUCCAAGACCGUGAACGCCGUGAGUCGGCUGCCAGUGCCAGCACGGCAACAGCACGCAGCUUCCGCGAGCUGCACCGCAAGUACUCGUCUGUGCGCGCGGCCAGCCGGUCGAGCACGGGCGGCAAGGCGCUCAUCUCGGACGAUGACGAGAGCGAGGCGGCCGUCAGCAAUUCCGAGGGCCGACACACCCCUCUGCCACUGGGGCCGGACGAGGCUGGCAGCAACGACCGCGAGCGAAAGCGGAAGAAGUACUUGUCUGGUGUGGGCGAAGCCAGCGGGAGUGAGGAAGAGCGGCGGGCAGUUGCGGCCAAUGUCGCUCCUGACUCGGACGACAACAUCGAUGAUGACGACGACGAUGACGACGAGAGCAAUACCGGCAACGCUGUGGACGCCGAGGAGUUCCUCAGUGUCCCGAGCAGUGCAGCUGCACAAGCACAGUUCUUCACACCCGACCCGCCAGCGUCGCCAGCGUCGCCCGCGCUGCCGUUGCAGGCGCCAGAAAGCGCCGAUGCCACCGACGCCGAGGAGCCGGGUCCGAGCCAGAAGCUCCAGGCCGUUCAAGUCUAG